UCUGUCUUUCCACCACCAAGUUCUUAUAGCUUUGUGAUAUCUAGACUUGGAGAGGCUAGCCCGUACUGAGUGCAUCUGAAUAACACCCAAUUUUCGGUUGUGAUAGCUUGUGGGUAUUCUCAUUUUUCGUAUCUCCAGAUCCUUAUACUUUCCAUAUCAGCUAGCAUAAACAUUGUUGAACAGGCAGGGUAUUUUUCUGCAAAAUUCAUAAUAUUUUCAAUAUUUAUACUCUAUUCAGUGUAGCGACUGGAAUUCGCCAUUGGACAGAAGUUCAACUGUUAUAAUUGAGAUUUUGUUGGUAUCUGAUCAUUAGUUUAUAAGCUAUCUUGAUUUACAAUCCCACAGUCUUCACUUACUAGCUAAUAAUAUCAUGGUCAAACCGGUAUUACAAGAGGCAACCCUCUUUCCGGAACUCUACGGACUCAGACGGUCCCACAGAGAAAGACGUGCUGCCAUCGUCGAAAGUGAAAGUGAAGAAGAACCUAUUCCAAAGAGAAGGAAGAAGAAAGCUCAACGAACUGAAGAUUACGGUGAUGAAAACGAAGAAGAUGAAGAAGACGACGCGGAAGACUCUGAGGACGAAGAUUUUUACGACAAGCCUCUUGCGAAGAAGAAGAAGAAGACAAUUAUACAGAAGAAGAAGAAGAAAUCAUCUGUGAAACUGGAACCUUCGGUUCCUGCUGAGAUCAGAUUCUCGUCGAGAAAUAACAAACAGGUUAACUAUGCCGUUGAUUAUGAUGACGACGACGACUUGCUUGAAAGUGAACCAGAACUUGACGAAAACGACGAAGACGUAAAUGGAGAUUACUACUACUAUCAACAAGCCAAUGAAGAUGAAAACGAAAGAGGUAUCGAUCUCGUCAUGGAUCACAAACUAAACGAAGAAAAUCCGGAAAAGACUGGUGACCCGAAGCUAGACUACUUGUUCAGAAUUAAGUGGACAGACCAAUCGCAUUUGCAUAAUACUUGGGAGCAGUGGAAUGACUUGAAGGAGUACAAAGGUAUCAGAAAAGUCGAAAACUACAUCAAGCAAUUCAUAAUAUAUGAUCAAGAGAUCAGAAACGAUCCUUUGACGACUAGGGAAGACAUAGAAGCCAUGGACAUUGACCGCGAAAGAAAACGCGAUGAACAAGAAGAAUACACUCGUGUUGAAAGAAUCGUUGACUCCGAAAGAAUUGAAACCGAAAAUGGCGAAACUAAGUUACAAUACUAUUGUAAGUGGAGAAGACUCUACUAUGACGAAUGUUCUUGGGAAGAUGCUGAAGAAAUUGCUAAGAUUGCUCCCGAUCAAGUAGCCAAGUAUCAGCAAAGGUUGAAGUCUAAGAUAUUGCCAAACUUGUCAGCUAAUUACCCAUUGUCACAAAGACCUAGAUUUGAAAAGUUGGUUAAACAGCCUGUUUUUAUCAAGAAUGGAGAGUUGAGAGAUUUCCAGUUGACCGGUUUGAACUGGAUGGCUUUCUUGUGGUCUAGAAACGAAAACGGUAUUCUUGCUGAUGAAAUGGGGUUGGGUAAGACUGUGCAAACUGUUUCAUUUCUCUCUUGGUUGAUUUAUUCUAGAAGGCAGAAUGGCCCUCAUAUUGUUGUUGUGCCAUUGUCAACAAUUCCAGCUUGGCAAGAGACCUUUGAGAAGUGGUCUCCUGAUGUAAACUGUGUUUAUUACUUAGGUAAUACUCAGGCACGAAAGACCAUCAGAGACUACGAAUUCUACGGAUCCAACAAUAAGCCUAAAUUCAACAUAUUGUUAACUACAUAUGAAUACAUUUUGAAGGACCGCAACGAAUUGGGUGCUUUCAAAUGGCAAUUCUUGGCUGUUGAUGAAGCUCAUAGAUUGAAGAAUGCUGACUCCUCGUUAUAUGAAUCGUUGAAGAGUUUUAAGGUUGCCAACAGAUUGUUGAUUACUGGGACACCUUUGCAAAACAAUAUUAAGGAAUUGGCCGCUUUGGUUAACUUCUUGAUGCCUGGCAAAUUCGAUAUUGAGCAAGAAAUCGAUUUUGAAACUCCUGAUGAAGAGCAGGAAUUGUACAUUAAAGACUUACAGAAAAAGAUCCAGCCUUUCAUAUUGAGAAGAUUGAAAAAGGACGUGGAGAAAUCCCUUCCUUCCAAGACAGAAAGAAUCUUGAGAGUAGAAUUAUCAGAUAUCCAGACUGAGUACUACAAGAACAUUAUCACUAAAAACUAUUCUGCUUUGAAUGCUGGAAAUAAGGGCGCUCAGAUCUCGUUGUUGAACGUGAUGAGUGAGUUGAAGAAGGCGUCUAACCAUCCUUACCUUUUCGAUGGUGCUGAGAACAGAGUUUUAGCCAAGGUUGGUUCUGCUACUAGGGAUAACAUCUUGAGAGGUAUGAUUAUGUCUUCUGGUAAGAUGGUUUUGCUUGAACAAUUAUUAACCAGAUUGAAAAAGGAAGGUCACAGAGUCUUAAUCUUCUCUCAAAUGGUCAGAAUUUUGGAUAUUCUUGGCGAUUAUUUAUCGAUCAAGGGUUACCAGUUCCAAAGAUUGGAUGGUGGGAUACCGUCUGCUCAAAGAAGAAUCUCUAUUGACCAUUUCAACGCUCCAGAAUCAAAGGAUUUCAUCUUUUUGUUGUCCACUAGAGCUGGUGGGUUAGGAAUUAAUUUAAUGACCGCUGACACUGUUAUCAUAUUUGACUCUGAUUGGAACCCUCAAGCUGAUUUGCAGGCAAUGGCCAGAGCUCAUAGAAUUGGUCAGAAGAAUCAUGUGUCGGUUUACAGAUUCGUUAGUAAAGAUACUGUUGAGGAGCAGAUCUUGGAAAGGGCUAGGAAAAAGAUGAUUUUGGAGUACGCCAUUAUUUCGUUGGGAAUCACAGAUCCCAACUCGAAGAAGAGCAAGACCGAACCAUCAACAGGUGAAUUGAGUCAAAUCUUGAAGUUUGGUGCUGGCAAUAUGUUCAAAGAAAACGAUAACCAAAAGAAGUUGGAAGAUUUGAACUUGGAUGAUGUAUUAAAUCAUGCUGAAGAUCAUGUCACUACUCCUGACCUUGGAGAGUCCAACUUGGGUUCUGAAGAAUUUUUAAAACAGUUCGAAGUUACAGAUUACAAGGCCGAUGUUGAAUGGGACGAUAUCAUCCCUCAAGAAGAAUUGGCCAAGUUGAAGGACGAGGAGAAAAAGAAGGCGGAUGAGAUCUACUUGGAAGAACAAAUUGCUAUGUACUCGAGAAGAAAAGCUGCCGUUCGUAAAUUUGAAAAUGGAUCGGUUGCUCCAAGUGAUGACGAAGAUGAAGAUUCUUCUCUGGGUAGACAACCAAGACUGAAGCAUGCCGGCGACCAUCAACUUUCUGAAAAGGAAAUUAGAGGUAUAUACAGAUCAAUCUUGAGACUUGGUGAUUUGACUGGAAGGUGGGAGCAAUUGGUUGAAGAAGGAAGUGUCACAAACAAGAAUCCCGUUUUGGUCAAACAUGCCUACAAUGAGAUUAUCAACACUUCCAAACAAUUAGUAAAGGAAGAAGAAAUCAGAAGAACUAAAGCCUUGGCCGAUUUGGAAAGAAAGGCUAUUGAGCAAAGAGAAAAGGGAGCUGUAGAAAAUCCAACGGCCUUGUGGAUUGCCAAGAAGAAGGAAAAGAAGGCCGUCUUAUUCGAAUACCAGGGGGUCAAGAAUAUUAAUGCUGAGUUGGUAUUGAAUAGACCUGUGGACAUGAAGAUGCUUGACAGUAUGAUUCCUAAGGAAAACCCUACUUCAUUUGAAUUGCCCAGACCUCCUAAGCUGGUGUCAGCCUGGUCUUGCGAUUGGUCUGAAAAGGACGAUGCCAUGUUGUUGGUUGGUGUUUUCAAAUUCGGAUAUGGAUCUUGGGUUCAGAUUCGUGACGACACUGUUUUGGGAUUGCAGACAAAGCUCUUCUUAGAAGGCUCUACGAAUCCUAAGGAAGCAAAUACAGUGAGUACUGCUCCUGCUGGUGAAGCUGGCUCUGGUGCUCCAGUUGAAGAAAAGGCAGUUAAAAAGGUGCCAGGCUCUGUGCAUUUGGGUAGAAGAGUAGAUUACUUGUUCUCGUUACUCAGAGGUGACGAUGACCGUGCAAAUGGAGGCUCCACUCCUUCUGGUGUUACUAUUAAGAAGAAAGUGAGAAGACCAAAGACGGAAACGCCGGUUCCAGCAGGUAAAGCUAAAGCCGCAGCUAGGUCACAAUCUCCCGAAACUAACCUCAAGAAGUCUAAGGUGAGAAGCAUUGCUCCAAAGGCGUCCCCAUCUAGUCCCGCUGGUAACUCUCCAAAGGUAGAUUCUGGAGCUCACACACACUCUAGUCAGCACCAGCCACAUCACAACAACAAUUCCAAGGAUGAUGAUAAAGAUCUUGAAUACGAUAGCAUGGAUGAAGGGUACUGCAAGGACGUAUUGAAGCCCGUUGCAAAGUCGUUGAUGAGACUCCACAAAGGAAAUCAAGGAUUUGAAAAACACGAAUGGGCCAACAUCUUGAAAACGGAAUUGCUCACCGUGGGCGACUUUAUUGGCACAGUUGUCAAGCCGUUGGACGGUAAACCAGAAGGAAAUAAGUUGCAGAAGCAUUUAUGGUCGUAUUCUAGACUCUACUGGCCAGCUAAAGUUCCUUCGAAAAAGAUCUUCGACAUGUACACUAGACUAAAGACCAAAUCUGGCCAAAACACUAAGUAAUUACGUUUACAGAUGUAUGUAUAUACAAUACAAGAGAAUUUGCUCUAUAG